CCGAGCCGGGAGCCGAGCGCGCUGGGCGCGGCCGUCCCGCUGCAACUGCCGCCGCCGCCUCCGAGCCCCGAGUGCGCCCGCGGCCAUGGCCCCAGCGGCAGCGCCAGGCGCCUGAGCCCCGGGACGCGAGCACUGGAGGCAGGCGGCCGGCUGUUCGGGCGCAACGGAGAGGCCGACAGAAGGUGAGCGCUGUGGGCGAUGGGAUGGAUGAGGCGGAGCAGGACCAGCAUGAGGCCCGACUCAAGGAGCUGUUUGACAGUUUUGACACGACGGGCACCGGGUCCCUGGGACAGGAGGAACUCACCGACCUUUGCCACAUGUUGAGCUUGGAAGAGGUGGCCCCGGUGCUGCAAGAGACGCUGCUUCAGGACAACCUCCUGGGCAGGGUGCAUUUUGACCAAUUUAAAGAAGCAUUAAUACUUAUCUUGUCUAGAACUCUAUCAAAUGAAGAACACUUUCAAGAACCAGCAUCUGUGGGUGUCAGCUGCCAACAAGUAGCUCGGGUGUCUGGGCCGCUCCUGAACGCUCACAAGCUGACACACUGUCUUCUGAUAAAAGACUGCACUCUCGAAGCUCAGCCCAAAUAUGUUAGAGGUGGGAAGCGUUACGGACGAAGGUCCUUACCCGAGUUUCAAGGAUCCGUGGAGGAAUUUGCAGAGGUGACAGUGAUUGAGCCACUCGAUGAAGAAGCAAGGCCUUCACACAUCCCAGCCAGCGACCGCGGUGAGAACUGGAAGACGCAGCACAGCGAGGAGUAUGAAGCAGAAGGCCAGUUAAGAUUUUGGAACCCAGAUGAUUUGAAUGCCUCACAAAGUGGGCCUUCCCCUCCCCAAGACUGGAUAGAAGAGAAACUGCAGGAGGUUUGUGAAGAUUUGGGGAUCACCCGUGAUGGUCACCUAAACCGGAAGAAGCUGAUCUCCAUCUGUGAGCAGUAUGGUUUGCAGAAUGUCGAUGGAGAGAUGCUUGAAGAAGUCUUCCAUAAUCUUGAUCCUGAUGGUACGAUGAGUGUAGAAGAUUUUUUCUACGGCUUGUUCAAAAAUGGAAAAUCCCUUACCCCAUCAGCAUCUACCCCAUAUAGACAAUUGAAAAGGCACCUCUCCAUGCAGUCUUUCGAUGAGAGUGGACGACGGACCACAACCCCGUCUGCGAUGACAAGUACCAUUGGCUUUCGGGUCUUCUCCUGCCUGGAUGAUGGGAUGGGCUAUGCAUCAGUGGAGAGAAUACUUGACACCUGGCAUGAAGAGGGCAUUGAGAACAGCCAGGAGAUCCUGAAGGCCUUGGAUUUCAGCCUUGAUGGAAAUGUUAAUUUGACAGAACUGACGCUGGCUCUUGAAAAUGAACUUUUGGUUACCAAGAACAGCAUUCACCAGGCAGCUCUGGCCAGCUUUAAGGCUGAGAUCCGGCAUUUGCUGGAGCAAGUUGAUCAAGUGGUCAGAGAAAAAGAGAAGCUACGGUCAGAUCUGGAAAAAGCUGAGAAGCUCAAGUCUCUAAUGGCCUCAGAGGUGGACGAUCACCACGCAGCCAUAGAGCGGCGGAAUGAGUACAACCUCAGGAAACUGGAUGAAGAGUACAAGGAACGAAUAGCAGCCUUAAAGAAUGAGCUUCGAAAGGAGAGAGAACAGAUCCUACAACAGGUGGGCAAGCAGCGUUUGGAACUUGAGCAGGAAAUUGAAAAGGCAAAAACAGAAGAGAAUUACACCCGGGACCGCCUUGCCCUCUCUUUAAAGGAAAACAGUCGUCUAGAAAAUGAGCUUCUGGAAAAUGCAGAGAAGUUGGCAGAGUAUGAGAAUCUGACAAACAAACUUAAGCGAAAUUUGGAAAAUGUUUUGGCAGAAAAGUUUGGUGACCUUGAUCCCAGCAGUGCUGAAUUCUUUUUGCAAGAAGAAAGGCUGACACAGAUGAGAAAUGAAUAUGGGCAGCAGUGCAGGCUAUUACAAGACCAAGUAGAUGAACUCCAGUCUGAGCUGGAAGAAUAUCGUGCACAAGGCAAAGUGCUCAGACUUCCCUCGAAAAACUCACCAUCAGAAGAACUUGAUCUUAACAGUGGUUGCGUCGAGCCUGACCAGGAUGCCAGUUGUGUUAUUGAAAGAACCUGCUGCAGGGUCAACAGAUCCGAUGUGUUUUCAGGGCUUGGUUCUGAAGAAUGCAAUCCAUUGAAUAUGAGCAUCGAGGCGGAGCUGGUCAUCGAACAGAUGAAAGAACAACAUCACAGGGACUUGUGUUGCCUGAGACUGGAGCUUGAAGAUAAAGUGCAUCAUUAUGAAAAGCAGCUAGAUGAAACCAAGGUUGCCUGUAAAAAGGAGCAGGAGAACGUGAAGCAAAAGUAUGAGAAUGAAGUGCACAUCUUGGAAGAACAAAUAAGUGACCUUAAAAAUGAAAUUGCAGAACUUCAGGGCCAGACAGUGGUACUCAAGGAGGUACAACACACGGCUAUCUGCAGACAUGAGGAGGAGAAAAAACAACUGGAAAUGAAGUGGGAUGAGGAAAAGGCUCACCUGCAGGAGGAGUUGAGGCUGGAGCAUGAGAUGGAGCUAAGGGCUAGGCUGCAGCAGGCAGAGGAAAGCUUUAAUGAAGAGAGGGAAAAACUCAUUCAAAAUGGUGCCUGGACAGAAGAGAAGGUGAGAAGCUUGACUCAGGAACUAGAACAAGUUCACCAGGAGCAGUUGAAAAGCCUGGUGGAGAAGCAUACUCUUGAGAAAGAGGAAUUGCAAAAAGAGCUCUUGGAAAAACACCAAAGGGAACUACAUGAGGGAAGGGAAAAAAUGGAAACUGAGUGUAAUAGAAGAACCUCUCAGAUAGAAGCCCAGUUUCAGGCUGACUGUCAGAAAGUCGCUGAGAGAUAUGAAAAUGCUCUGCGAAGCCUGGAGGGGCACUACCGCCGAGAGCUGAAGGAGGUCCUGGAACAACAGCGCGAGGAGAGAUCCCAGUGGGAGUUUGAGAAGGAUGAGCUCACCCAGGAGUGUGCAGAAGCCCAGGAGCAGCUUAAAGAGACUCUCCAGAGAGAGAAAGCGACUUCUCUGGUCCUGACCCAGGAGAGAGAGAUGCUGGAGAAAACAUACACAGAACAUUUGAAUAGCAUGGUUGUUGAGAGACAGCAGCUACUCAAAGACCUGGAAGAUCUAAGAACUGUGUCGGAAAGUCAGCAAAGUCUGCUGUCCAGCCAGAUACUUGAGCUGAAGAGCAGUCACGAAAGAGAACUGAAGGACCGUGAGCAGGUCCUGUGCCAAGCAGGCGCCUCGGAGCAGCUGGCCAGCCAGAGGCUUGCAAGGCUCGAAAGGGAACGUGACCAGGAGAGGCAGGAAAUGAUGUCCAAGCUUCUGGCCGUGGAGAGUGUCUACAAAGCGACCUGUGAGAAAGCAGAUCGAGAGAGGGCUGAGAUGAGCACAGAAAUCUCCAGGCUUCAGAACAAAAUUCAGGAAAUGGAGCAGGUGGGAUCUCCUCCCUCCAGGCUUCAGAAUGGCUGCCAGGCAAUGGGAAGGGAGGAAGUGGAAGGAAGUGGAGCCAUGUCCCUGCUCCAGCAAGGAGAGCAGCUGUUGGAAGAGAACGGAGAUGUCCUCUUAAGCCUGCAAAGAGCUCAUGAACGAGCAGUGAAGGAAAAUGUGAAAAUGGCAACUGAAAUUUCUAGGUUGCAACAGAGGCUGCAAAAAUUAGAGCCAGAGUCAGUAAUGUCUUCUUGUUUAGAUGAGCCAACUACUGGGUUUUUUGGAAAUUCCAUGGAACAAACAGAGCCAUUUUUACUGCCAAACCGAAUGAAACAAGUAGAAGGUGGAACCAUGCAGCAUGUCCUAAGUGACCUGCAAGGCGAUGAGGUCCGGGAUCUGGAAAGUACGGGGACAAGCUCUGGUCAGAGACAGGCGGUCAGAAGAGAGGAGUCUGAAGCAUCAAUAGAGAGUUUUUCUGAGCUUGAAAAUAGUGAGGAGACCAGGACUGAAACCUGGGACCUAAAGAAUCAGAUUGGCCAGCUUCAGGAACAACUAAUGAUCUUACGUGCAGACUGUGAUCGAGCUUCUGAAAAGAAACAGGACUUACUUUUUGAUGUUUCUGUGCUAAAAAAGAAAUUAAAGACGCUUGAAAGAAUCCCUGAGGCUUCCGCCAAGUAUAAAUUGUUAUAUGAAGAUGCUAGUAGAGAAAAUGAGUGUCUUCAGGAAGAGCUGAGAGUGAUGGAGACGCGGUAUGAUGAAGCACUAGAAAAUAACAAAGAACUCACUUCAGAAAUGUUCCGAUUACAGGAUGAGCUAAAGAAAGUUGAAGAAGUGACUGAAACAUUCCUUAGCCUGGAAAAGAGUUAUGACGAGAUCAAAAGAGAAAAUGAGGAACUGCAUGUUCUGGUUUUGAGACUUCAAGACAAGAUGGAGAAGCUGCAAGAAAGAGCAGUGCUGCAGUAUGACUGCUUCUCCUUAUGGGAAGCCCAUUUAGAUAACCUGGAAGUCGGACCUGAUGAAAAGAUCCUGGAACUAAAUCAGACGCCGGAAGAGUGUGUACCAAAGAUUAUGAAUGUACACCAUAUUAUAGAAGAACACUGUCAAGAAAACCAGUACCUAGAGCAGGAGAAUACAGAGCUCUUAGAAAAAGUAAAGGCACAUGAAAUUGCCUGGCUACAUGGAACACUCCAGACACAUCAAGAAAAGCCUGGAGUACAGAACCAAGUAAUACUGGAGGAAAACACUGCUCUCCUCAGCCUUCAGGACAAACAUUUUCAGCGCCAGGCCACAAUCACAGAGUUAGAACGGGAGAAAAAGAAGCUGCAGGAGCUGACUAGAAAGUUGAGGGAAAGAGUCACUGCUUUAGUUAAGCAAAAAGAUGCACCUUCUCAAGGAGAAAAGGAGGAAGAGCUGAAGGCAAUGAUGCAUGACUUGCAAAUCACGUGCAGUGAGAUGCAGCAAAAAGUUGAGCUUCUGAGAUAUGAAUCUGAGAAGCUUCAAGAGGAGAAUUCUAUUUUGAGAAAUGAAAUUACUACUUUAAAUGAAGAAGACAGCAUUUCUAACCUGAAAUUAGGGAAAUUAAAUGGAUCUCAGGAAGAAAUGUGGCAAAAAAUAGAAACCGUAAAACAGGAAAAAGCUGCAGUUCAGAAGAUGGUUGAAAAUUUAAAGAAACAGAUUUCAGAAUUAAAAACCAAAAACCAACAGUUGGAUUUGGAAAAUAUGGAGCUUAGCCAAAAGAAUUCUCAAAAUCAGCAAGAACUGCAAGAAGUUAAUCAACGUCUGGCAGAAAUGCUAAGUCAGAAGGAUAAAGAGCCAGGACACAGUACAUGUGAGGAAUGGGAACAAGAGAAGUCUAAUCUAAAAGAAGAACUGGAACACUGUAAAGUGCAGUCUUCCACUUUAGUGUCUUCUCUGGAGGCAGAACUUUCUGAAGUUAAACUACAAAUUCAUAUUGUGGAACAGGAAAACCUCCUUCUCAAAGAUGAACUGGAGAAAAUGAAACAACUGCACAGAUGUCCCAAUCUCUCUGACUUCCAGCAAAAAAUUUCUAGUAUUCUAAGCCACAAUGAAAAACUGCUGAAAGAAAAGGAAGCUCUAAGUGAAGAAUUAAAUAGCUGUGUUGAUAAGUUGGCAAAAUCAAGUCUUUUAGAGCACAGAAUUGCUACUAUGAAGCAAGAACAGAAGUCUUGGGAACACCAGAGCGAAAGCUUGAAAUCACAGCUAGUGGCUUCACAGGAAAAGGUUCAGAAUUUAGAAGACACCCUGCAGAAUGUAAACCUGCAAAUGUCCCGAAUUAAAUCUGAUCUACGAGUGACUCAGCAGGAAAAGGAGGCUUUAAAACAAGAAGUGAUGUCUCUACACAAGCAACUUCAGAAUGCUGGUGACGAGAACUGGGCCCCAGAAAUAGGCACCCAUCCAUCAGGAUUCCAUAACCAACAGCAAAGGCUGUCCUGGGACAAGUUGGAUCACCUGAUGAAUGAGGAACAACAGCUGCUUUGGCAAGAGAAUGAGAGACUCCAAACUGUGGUACAGAACACCAAAGCGGAACUCAUACACUCCCGGGAGAAGGUCCGUCAACUGGAAUCCAACCUUCUUCCUCCUAAGCUCCAAAAACAUCUAAACUCAUCAGGUACUGUGAAGCCCACAGAGCAGGAAAAGGUGAGCUUAAAGAGAGAGUGUGAACAGUUUCAAAAGGAACGAUCUCCUGCUAAUAGGAAGGCACACCUUGGAGAUAUUCUGGGUUCAGUUCCAGACCACCACAAUAAAGUUAGUCAGAUGAAUUCCCUUGAACGAGAAUUAGAAACAAUUCAUUUGGAAAAUGAAGGCCUGAAAAAGAAACAAGUAAAACUGGAUGAGCAGCUAAUGGAGAUGCAGCACCUGAGGUCCACUGUGAUGCUUAGCCCAUCCCCUCAUGCUUGGGAUCUGCAGCUGCUCCAGCAGCAAGCCUGUCCAAUGGUUCCCAGGGAGCAAUUUCUGCAGCUUCAAUAUCAGCUGCUACAGCCAGAAAGGAUAAACCAGUGCCUGCAGGAGGAACUUGAAAACAGGACUUCUGAAAUCAACACACCACAGGGAAACCAGGAACACCUGGUAACUGUCAUGGAGGAACGAAUGAUGGAAGUUGAACAAAAAUUGAAACUGGUGAAAAGGCUUCUUCAGGAGAAAGUGAAUCAGCUCAAAGAACAACUCUGCAAGAAUACUAAAGCAGAUGAGAUGGUGAAGGAUUUGUAUGUGGAAAAUGCCCAGUUGUUGAAAGCUCUGGAAAUAACUGAACAGCGACAAAAAACAGCAGAGAAGAAAAAUUACCUCCUAGAGGAGAAGAUUGCCAGCCUCAGUAAUAUAGUCAGGAAUCUGACACCAGCACCAUUGACUUCUACACCUCCCUUAAGAAGUUUCAUUUGGGAGCUUGUCUUCUAAGAAAUGGAUAAAGCCACAUUCUUAAAGCGUUUGAACUAUAGGGUAAGCACUGAACAAACUGCUUUGGAGUAAACAGCUACUCCUAGAAGAGAGAGAAGUAAACCAUGUGGGUUUUUCUCUCUCUAAAGUCUUGGAUUUCAUGAACUUAUAUUUGGGGUUGCCUCAAGAACUCAGGGAACAAUACUUUAAGACGUCUUCCUGAAAUACUGUAGGGCCUCGUUAAGAAUUUGAAAUGUAUAAACCAUGUGACCUUAUUUAUUUGUCAUAUAUUUAGAGCCAUAGUGGGAUUUUUAUUUCUACAUUUUUAGUGAAUUUAAUUUUCUGGAAAAAGGCCUUGAUUUUAGAGUUAAAAACCUCUUCUAACAUAUGGAAGAGUUACUGUUUGCUUGUUUGUUUAAUAUAGGUCAAAAUUUC